AUGGCUCCAAGCCCCCAGGCCAUCUCAGGCUACUUAUCCAGCCUCUUCAGCCUCGCCGGCAAAGUCGCCGUCGUAACUGGCGGCUCAUCAGGCAUAGGCCGCGAAAUGGCCAUUGCCCUUGGUCGCGCGGGCUGUCGGAUUGUUCUUGUCGCGCGACGACCUAAACCUCUUCAAGAUACUAUUGAUCACCUUGCGGAUCUUCACGUCACAGCUGAAGCGAUCGUCGCUGACCUCUCGGACCAAGCGUCUGUUCGCGAUGCGAUUCAUGCGAUUAAAACGAAUGCUGGGACACCGGAUAUUCUCGUGAAUGCGGCGGGGGUUAAUUAUAGACCUCAUAUGAAUGACCUCUCACAGGGAGCUUGGGAUGAGACUAUUGCUGUGAAUCUUACUACACCGUUCACACUCGGUCAGGCAUUUGGACCCAAGAUGGCUGAGAAAGGAUGGGGACGUAUUAUCAACAUUAUCAGCCAGCAGUCUUUCCGAGCAUUCGGAAACAGCGGUGCCUAUGGAGCUUCCAAAGCAGGUCUUUUGGGUCUGACACGCUCGCAAGCUGAAGCAUGGUCAAAGCAUGGCGUUUUGUGCAACGCUAUUGCACCAGGUCUUGUUGAUACGCCUUUGGCCAGGGCUACGUUUCUUGAUCCAGGCAAGGCGGAUGCCCAUGCUGCGAGGACGAUGAUUGGAAGGAAUGGGCUACCGAAGGACUUUGCGGGUGUUGCCGUUUGGUUGGCAAGUGAUGCUAGUGCUGCUGUGACGGGGCAGACUAUCUUUGUUGAUGGAGGGUAUUCGUCCACAUGA